UCUCUCUCUCUCUCUCUCUCUCUCUCUACAGAAUGAUAGAGGGAGCUCGUGAAUCACAUCAUAGUCGUCCUCCCCUCAUUCGUCCUCUCCAGCAGACACCGAAAAACUGCGUUCAUGCCAAAAUGGGAUGUGGAAAUUCCUCCGCCACGAGCACGACAGCCGGAGGUCCUGCAGAGGUGGCCAAAGAUGUGACGGAAGAGCCUUCGCCGGACGACGAGAAGCGGAGCAGGAACUACGGUGGAGUGUAUGUGGGUCUUCCUGCUGAUCUGACUGCAGUCGCUGCCAGUCAGUCCAAAUCAACACGCAAAGAGUGAAAGCAGAUCAAAGCUACAAAUAUCAGAUGGGAUAUACAACAGAUAUUCAAGGAUGGAGCUGUUUAAACAGGAUGACAUCAUCAUGACAUCAUACAGAGGGAUUCUGUUUGGAACACUGAGCAUUAUUGUGACUGUGAAUGUAGGCACUGUUGCCGUGGUAACCGAUGACCUCUCACUUCUCCGGGAUUCACCACGGCAGGGCAUUUCCCAAAAUCUGGAGACGCGAUCAACUGUACAUCUCUGCAAUAACAGACUAUUCUCUGCUUUUUUUUUCUUAGAGGAAUAUGUUAGAAUGCUGUAUUUUACAUGUGUACGUAUUGGGGUGGAAUAACAAUGUGGUCAAAAUGUUUAGCACUAACAUGACUAGCGAUGUUGAGGUGACUACUAUAUGGAAAUACGAUGUGAAUAUAGACUAGUUUUCUUAUACACUUUGAUAGUCGCAUCACUGUUGCAGUUAACACACGCGUAUUAGCAUUUACUAAUGCAAGAGUUCUUAUAUUUAUUCUAUUUCAGGCUGAAGACCUGCGAUUGUACGAUUAACAUUUUUAGUGGUUCAUGUCAAUUCUGUAUAUGAUAUUAAAAAGUAUGAGAUUUUACGAAA